AUGACCUCAGCUCAGUUCGCAUUGCGAACAUUUCAAAUAUAUUUGGCCAAUGCCUAUGUUCUACCGGACGCAGGUGUAUUUUUAUUCCUAGAGACCAACAAUGAUGUUUGGGAAAUUUGGAGUGGUUUCCGGGCUAGUAAAUUGGACUCGAUAAGAGUGUUCGAAUAUGGGACGGCAUCAUCAAACCGGUUGACAGUUGUACGGGAAUUACACGACGAGAGAAGAAAUUUUCGCGGAAUCACACUGAAAUCUACAACAGUGAUAAUUGACAGGGAUCAUUUUUUUGGAUUUGAUAAAAAAAUUAGUUCCGACUUGGACGUAUUCGCUCAUAUGCAUUACGAAAUGAUCGUUACAUUGACUUAUCAACUUAAUUUCAAGAUAGAUCUUACUAUCGACAACGAUUACGGAUGGUCUCUGGGAAAUGGUUCGUUCGGUGGUUUAACCGGACUUUUACAACGAGAAGCAGUCGAUUUUAGUGCGACUGGAGUUUUUAUUCGGCCAGAUAGAAUGUCAGUUAUCGAUUUCACAGUCGGCACAGUUGCACUGCGAACCACAGCAAUUUUCAGGCAGCCUUCGUUGUCUAGUGUACACAACAUUUUGUUGUUACCAUUCACGCUUGGUGUAUGGCUAGGCGUAUGUGCAACUUUGUGUGUAUUUGUGCUCACCUUGGUUUUUCUAAUGCGAGUAAAUAACUACAUCGUAGAGCAAAAUUAUGGCACACUAAAUAUUCCGGAAAUAGUGACCUUGGUCCACGGAGCUAUAUGCCAACAAGGGUUUAAUUCAACUUCGACCUUGGGGUCCAUACGUGUCGUCGUAACCAUAUUAUUUUUAACAUCUCUUUUCAUAUAUACAUCGUAUUCUGCUUGUAUUGCUGCCCUAGUUCAAUCAAACAGUAAUUCAAUCAAGUCUAUUCAAAAUAUAGCGGAAUCGCCCAUGACAUUUAGUGCUCAAAUCAGUCAAUAUGGAAAAGUUUAUUUUGAAGAAACAGAAGAUGCAGAAUUAAAGAAGCUUUAUAGGACAAAAAUGGUGCCAAGUGGAAAAAAAGCGUUCGUUAAAGCUGCGGAAGGAAUGGAAAGAAUUCGAACGGAGUUUCACGGAUUUCAGGUCGAAGUGAUGUCGGCCUACAAGAUUAUCGGUAAAGAAUGGCGCGAGGAGGAGAAAUGUGGCUUGGGCGAGAUUCAACUUUUCAAGAUACCACUUUUGUCAAUAGCUUUGGUCAAAAAAUCAGGGCACAAAGACAUAUUUAAACAAAAGCUGAUACAGCAAAUGGAAGUCGGGCUGAGCAAACGAAUCGCCAGCCAAUGGAUACCUCCGAAGCCAUCGUGUGGAUCGUCCAAACAAUACGUCAGCGUCUCUGUUAAAGAUACAUAUCUAACGCUCGCAAUAUUUGGAUUCGGUGUUUGCAUUUCAUUGCUGAUUUUUAUAUUGGAAGUAUUACAUCACGCCUGGACGAAUCGCGGUUCGAAAAAAAAUGCGUGGGAGUAAAUAUGCUAACGGUUUAAAUACGUUUUGAAAAUUAUUACCAUAAUAGUUUCACGAGUCAUAACCAGGGCUCGGGACUCAUAGCAUCUGCUUAUUUUUUAUGGUUUAACAUAAGAAUUGGCAGAGUGCUACGGAAGGGUACGUCAUGUCACAACACGUUCAAUUAUGAAAUUCGAAACUGCUUUUUUUUUUUGCUUUUUCGACGAUUUAAAAAAAAAUAUGCUUAUUUCCAGUUCUACCGAUAAUUUUUGCUUUCGUGCAUAUCUCUGCGAUGACAUAAUAUACUUCCUAGCGUAGAUAUAGGUGCCACUGACAAAAACCUAGAAAUUUCAGUUGAUUUUGUUCAAGAUAAACCUAGAACUAAAAAAAAAAUAAUUUUUCU